CAGCUUAGUGGAUGGAGGAGGAUUGGGAAGAAGAAAACACAAUGCAGACUAAUCUCUCUCUCAAAGUAAAAGCCAAUAAUCAAGAUGAAGGAGAAGAAUUAGAGACUUUGGAUCAUCAAACAACAAGAGCAGAUGAUGAAAACGAUAACGAAGCCAUCCCUCAAACUAGUCCAAACAAAGGAGAAGCACCCUCAACAGAAUCAUACGAUGAAGACAAAGAAGAUAACGUAGGACAAAAUGAUAUAGGUCCACUGUCAUCAGAUAAAUCUCAGCUGCAUCAAACUAACACUGAGUUAUCAGUGUUGAAGGUAGAGAUGGAGAGAAUGCAAGAGGAAAACAAAGGUUUGAGGAAGGUAAUUGAGAAAACAACGAAGGAUUAUCAUGACCUUCAAAUGAAACUAUCACUCAUCCAAGAGAAAAAUGAUCAAUCCUAUACUAAGGACCCACAAAUCUUUCUGUCACUAAACGGUGAUCAUCAUGAUUACACAAUUGAUCAUGAGGAAGAUUCAUCCAAGAGACCAGAACUGAUGAUUUCCACGAGGAGUUUAGAUUUUGAAAAUCGAACGCCGACACCCCCAUUACCCUCAAGAUGCCACGAUGAUCGAGAAGCUGCUGAAUUGGGACUGACAUUGAGGUUGCAAAGUCGUCAUCAUCAACAUGAAAUGGUAGAAGAACCUAAAGAGGUUAUAGAAGAUACGACCAAUUUGGCUUUAUCAACACAAAACAAGUUGCAAAAGAGUGGUGGUGAAUUCAUGGGAAUUGCAAACAAUAAUAUGUCAUCCCCUCCUAAUAGGAAGGCCAGAGUCUCCGUCAGAGCUAGAUGUCAAGAAGCCACAAUGAAUGAUGGGUGUCAAUGGAGAAAAUACGGGCAGAAAAUUGCAAAAGGAAAUCCUUGUCCAAGGGCCUACUACCGCUGCACGGUUGCUCCAGGAUGUCCAGUGCGGAAACAGGUGCAAAGAUGUCUUGAAGAUAUGACCAUACUCAUAACAACCUAUGAAGGAACACACAACCAUCCAUUACCUGUAGGUGCAACAGCCAUGGCUUCGACAACAUCUGCAGAAGCUAAUAAUUUUAUGCUAUCGUCGAGACCAUAUUCCGGAAUUGAUAGUGCUAUUUCAGAUAGUAUCUUGAACAGUUUCCACGUACCUCCAGCUUCACACUGGAGCAACCUUAACCAAAUAAACCAUUAUUCCAAUACUUCUGCCAUCAAUAGUAUGUUCAACCAGGCGGCGGAUCGUGCAAACAAUGGGCUCAUGCUAGACCUCUCAAACAAUUCUUAUCAUAAUCCACCAAACAGGUCUACUCAUUUCACCAAUAUCCCAGGUUCUUCAUCAAACUCAUUUCCGCAGCUGAAUUAUUCAUGGAUGAAUCCUAAUAGCAAUUCCAGCUAUCACCGUGGUCAUGAAUCUGAUAAUACAGCAGGGUUCUUCAACAGUGCACAACAAGCCGUAGUUGAUGCGCACAAUAAUAAUAAUAAUAAUAAUAGGAUAGGACAGGAACCAAAUUCGUUAGCUGAAAAUGUGAGUGCAAUUGCUUCAGAUCCAAAAUUCAGGGUUGCUGUUGCAGCAGCCAUCACAAAUAUGUUUAAUAAAGAAACUCUUCGUACAGUUCAACCUACAUCAGGGUCUUCUUUGGUUCUUAAAGAUGGAGAAAGUGCGAAUUCUAGUAGUAGUAAUAAAAAGUGGGUUUCUGAUUCUUUAUAAGGAAGAAUGAAACUAGUUUUGUAUAAGCUCAAUGUACUUUGUAUAUUUGAAGAACAUACAUAAGUAUGUACUAAUAAUAUCUUCAGUUCGAGAAAUGUCAUUGUAUUGUAGUGCA